AAAAAUGACAGCAGAUCCACGAGGUGAAUGAUGAUGAGUGGGCGAAGCUCCGGAGGGAAUCAUCGGAUCUCCCGCUUAAGGGGACGCUAGCACAAACGCGUUAGAAACGUGCAGUACUCUCUAGUAAGGGGGAGCGGCCACAGCGUCUUACGCAGCCAUUUACACAUGCCGGAACGUGCACCGCGUUUGCCGACGCCAUCACAUGACUGCUGAGAGAGUAUACCCCCCGUAUUCAUAAACGCUCCUCGACUUGAACUUGACUUGCCACCGCUUUGGGCAGCGCGUUCGAAACGCGUUGAAGGUAAGGCGGAGAGGCCACAGCGUCUUACACCAGCUUCUUACAUGGGCCGUAACGCGCUAGCACAAACGCGUUAGAAACGCGCUAGAAACGCGGCCUUUCGUUAAUGUUGGGUAUUUAUAGCCAUCGUGGUGCGUUUGUCCAUGUCCGCUUCGUGGCGUAGUCAUUCUGCUCCCGGUCACUGACGCGUGCGGACGCAGGAUGGUUGGCUCCGAGCGAGCUGCGACAGCGGUCGUCAACGGCCGUGGUAGCCCGUCGUUUUCCGUGCCCAAGGACUACAGGAUUAUUUUGCCCAACGUUUCAUCAGGUGAAGCUAUGAAGCGUGCAGUCAUGCUGCACUGCGACAUCUCAGGUCGUCCAUAUCGCAUCGAAGACUUUCGAAAGCCCUUACAAGACGCCGGCGUCAUCAAGGACGUUGCUGUAAUAGGUGCCUACCAGAUGUCCCACGUCUGGCUCGUUAACCUGCGGACGGAUGAAGCGAAAAAGAAGCUUAUAGAAGCAGGAAGGUUGGUCGUCAAGGAUCGUCUUUGCAUCGUCAUCGAUCCCAACAGGCAAGAGGUGCGUCUGAAGUUGCAUUGGGUGGCUUUGGAUGUCACGAGCGAUAACAUUCGGAGGGCAUUCAGUGAAUACGGCGAAGUGAAGGAAGUGACCAAUGACAGGUGGAAAGCGGAGGGCUUCGAAUGUGCUGACUCACUGACAAAGUUUGUGCGAUUGUUUUUGAAAGAGGGUAUCGCACUGGACAACAUUCCGCACCAGAUGCGCCUGGGCAGCGGUACAGUGCUCAUUGUGGCGCCAGGACGAGCCCCUCUUUGCCUUCGUUGCAAGCACACGGGUCAUAUACGGCGUGAUUGCAGGGUACCGAAGUGCGCCGAAUGUCAUGCGUUUGGCCAUGGACAGGAGGCAUGUACUCGCAGCUACGCCAAAGCCGUGGGCAGAUCUACAGUUGUAGACCAAAGCGAGCUUGUCAUGGACGAGGAAGAGGCAGAGCAAGCUGCGGCACCUGCGACAGCCGACAAGAGCGGAACCGAUCAGGGAGCUGACAAGGAAGUCCGCGUCUCGGGGCUGCAGACGCCGGCCACGACGGUGUCCAGCGUUGGUGAGCACCAAGAGACUGCUAAAACGAACGCGGUUGGCGUUGGUCCGGUGCUCCAGGAUGAGGGCCCCACGGGAGAGUCCUCGGACGCGACCAGCGUCUCUCAAGCGCAGCAGGCAGCAAGCAUAAAGCCAGCGGUCGACGAAAGUGCUUUGGGAAAUAUGGACGCGGAGACAACUCCGGCAAAGCGUCGCCAUGACGACGUGAGUGCGGUGUCGCAGGAGGAGCGUCUGAGACAGGUCGAAGCUUCGCUGGAAGCGAAUGGGGUGAAGAAGAAACCUCGCAGCGCCGUUCGGACGCGCGCGUCGUCCCUGACAAGGGGCGGCAAGGAGGUGAACUCUUAG